AUGUCUCUUGUGGAAGUGGUGGCGGCUGAGAGAAAGUCCGGACGACGGCUGAAUUUCAACGAUCCAAGCACCUUUUCACGCUUUUUGAACGACAUCAACAUUGAUCUCAAAAAGAUUGGAAAUAUCGUGGCAAGGAAGCAAUUGAAGUUCGUCGAUGAUUAUCUGGCACUUUAUCACUACCGGAAACAUGGAGAAGAGUUCAUGACUCAUUGCUCUCUUCAAUUUCAUCUAGGAGAGCUUCCAAGUAAAGUUGUCAAUCAAGGCAAACUGGUUGAUGUUUGUGAGAUGAAUAUGAUGGCCCAGAAUGGUGUUCAAGAAGUUAUCCAUCAAAAGACCUAUUAUCUCCCAAAUGAUGAAAUGUGUGUGCCGGCUAAGUGGAGAAGUAUCAACAAAGAAUUCAGGUCACAAAGACUCCACCAUUGGAUG